AGCGAACAGCUGUCAAAGAUGCGUACUCGCGUGACGGAUGCGCCGCGCGUCUGCCGUCUCGCAGCAACGUCGCAGGAUCGUCGCGAGGUACGUCGGUGAUAAACGCGGAGGAGGUGUCACGUAAUCGCGAUGCCCCGCGCGGCGCGCGGGACACGCGGGCUCCGCCUCUGAACGCGCUGCGCCCCGCGAUACGCGCUUCUGCCCGAUUGCGCGAGGAUAACCUCCCGGUCCCCUCGGUCCCGCCGUUCGUCCGCGGGGCGGAGACCUUUGCCCGUGUUUUCAACAGGCCGAAAUCGCGCGUCACGCGGCCCGUGUCAUGGCGUGCCUGCUGCUGAAUCAGGAGAACGUCCACCUGAAAAUACCGUCGGUCGACACGAUCGACGGGGUCACGUAUUAUUGCAUCGAGGUUGGAAUCGCAUCGAUCAAAUGGACCGUGAAACACAGGUACAGCACGUUCGCGGCGCUGCACGAGAACUUUGUCGCCAAGUACUGCGUCGAGAAGGAUAUUCUGCCACCGAAGAAGCUCAUAGGCAACAAGUGCGAGGUCUUCGUGGAGAAGCGCAGGCAGAGUCUCGAGGCGUAUCUCAAUGCCGUUUAUAACUACUUGAAGAAGGCAAUGCCCAGGGAGCUGGCUCUGUUCCUGGAUCUGCACGAGUACGAUAUAUAUUUCCUGGUGCAGACCUUGGCGCUGGAAUUUUUCGUAACGGGCGACACUCUGCUACAGGCUCCGACGAGCUACAAGUUCAAUCCCUUACAGCUGUACGCAAUCAGCGAAAGAUUGAAGCAGCCGUGCCCUUUGCUGGAAGCUGUGGAUAAGGUAUACGACUUCAGUCACGUUUUGGAUUUUAAUUCUCGAUUAACUGACCUCACGAUUGAGGGAAGCUCGGAGCCUUACAAGACCAGUAACAUUUAUCCGUCCGCUUUGUCCAUUGAUUUAUCCACCUUCAAAAACGUGCGGCACCUAACGAUCGAUCGAUAUCCGGUCGAUAAGAUUUACAACAUGGGAAAUCUUCGGGACACCGUGCUCAUGCUGAAAGUUACCAACACCAAGCUCAGAAACAUCGUGGAGUUGGCCAUGUGCGAGGAGGUGCACAAGAAUAUCGAGAACGCCAACGACUCUCACGUGUGGAUGAAGGUGACGCACUUGGAUCUCAGCGAUAAUCGCAUAGAAGUUAUAGACGAGGCGAUUAAGCUGCUGCCGCACAUCGAAUGCCUGACGCUCAACAACAAUCACCUAUCCGAGAUCUCCAACGUGACGUUGCUGCCGAGAUUAUCCCAAUUGUAUCUCGCGUCGAACAACUUCACCAGUCUGCCGGACGAUCUUCACACGAAACUCGGGUAUAUCGUUUACAUAGACCUGUCGCAGAACAAACUAACGUCGCUCGCCAGCUUCUCGAAACUGUAUUCGUUGGAGGGACUGGACGUGAGCUGUAAUCGUAUCGAGAAGAUCGAGGAGGUGAAGCAUAUCGGUCAUCUGCCGUGCCUGGAGAACCUUAGGCUGACGGGCAAUCCGGUGUCGACGAUAGUAGACUACAGAGUCAAGGUGCUAGAGCCGUUCGGUAAAAGGGCCGCCGACAUCUGCCUGGAUAACGAAAAGCCGAAUCAAAAGGAACUCGACACCGUGUCGGUUCACCAGGCGUUGCGCAUCGCGAGGGAGGGUAAAUCGCCGUCGUUCACCGCGUCCGACGCGCCGCUAUUUUCCGCCGAGGUUCCAAGUAUAUAGAAAUUUUAAUCCGCGACUUUUCCCUCGUCGCGACAACCGUGUUACGUGAGAGAGCGUCUAGAUACGAAACGAAAACGUUUUAUACGGUAUUGUAGAGUUUAUCAUUGCGAGACUGACUUCCCUUUUUCUCGGUAAAGCUGUAAUAUCGUUUGUAGUCUCGAUUUACCGUACAUUCGCUAGUUUUAUUCAUACGAUAUAGAUGAAUAAUGUAAGACCAUAUUUUUUACUUCUAUCACGAUUCUUCGAAACACUCGGAAAAAAGAACAAUACAUUUCACGAAGUCUUUGUGUUGUAAUCUCGUCUAUAGAUCCGAGAUGAAACACCCCUUUCUUUCUCGCGAACAAGCAAAGCCCCAUACAAUCCAUGACAAAUAAUGUGAAUACACACGAUGUCAUACAAUUCGUGAAAUAAGUUUUGUAAAUUUCCACUAUUUUAUACAUAUCAUGCAUACAUUUUUAUCGAUUGUCUAUAACAAUGAAGUAGUCCGCGUACUCACUAAAGUUUUUGGGAGUUAAAAUAGAACCAUGGAGUGAAAUAUUCGCCCCAAUAGAGCGAAUAUUUCACUCCAAAACUUUAGAGAGUAUCCAUUAUAAUUUGUAUAAUUAUUUGAUCAUUAUCGAAUUUACUUGAUGUUAACGAUAUUUGUUUAGUUAGCAUGACUAAGUCAUAAAGUGUAUAUUUAUUCCGAAAUAAUGUUUAAAUGUUCAGUCGCAAUGGCUUCCGGAUGAGCAGCCGCGAAAGCUUGAAAGCCAAGAUGUUUAAAUGUUUUUAAUUUCAAAGAAAUGGCACAGACCUUGUGUAACAAUUUUAUAAGAAUAUAACGUAAAGGAUUCAUCUGUGUAGAGAAGAAUAUUUUGUUAAUAAAGACAAAUAAACUGCAAGUCUGUGAUAAUAUGUGUAUCUUCUUGUCAAUACCACGUUGAAAGAUUACGUAUCAAAGCGCUUUAAAUUUAAAAUUGUAUUAAUCUACGAGCAGAGUAUCACUCACCUUGCAUUUGUGGGGAGGG